AACCGGCCGCCGCGUCGUCCCGCCGGUAGUUCGCCGCCGUCCGUAUGCGUAGUGUGUAUCCACGGGUCUACGCGUAAGUACGCGCCGCACAAGCGCACAGUGUAGUUCGUCGCGUUCAAAAAAACAUCCGAUCGGUUUCCGGUUUUGUUUUAUUUUUCCCGAUCAAUGCACAUUCGUCAAAGUAAAUCGACGAAAUAAAUCGGUUUCUAUUCGAUCACCAUAGCUGUUAUUGUUUUACGCGCGUGUCAUGUGCAACCGGUGACGGCCGUUCGAGAACUUAUUGUCGACGACACGAUGCACGUUACCGCGUUACCCCCGAGUACCUGAGUAACCGGCACUCGAUUGCUUACACUUUAUUUGGCCCACUCGAACGCUAUAAAUUAGGGCAAAGAAACAAAAUAAGCAGCUACCAACUCAGCCAGUACCGAGAUCUCACUUGACGCGAUAUGGGCAAGACAACGACCGCCAGAAUCGAGGCGUGCCUGUGGAUCCUAACGAUUUCCAUUAUGGCGAGCGGUUCGGUGGGCGCCGGCGACAUUUGGCCCCUAGAGCGGCCGGAAGGCAUGCCGGUGAUCCAAUCGUUGGAGGUGAUGUGCGGCAAAGACCACAUGGACGUUCACCUGCAGUUUACGCAGCCGUUUGAGGGAAUCGUGUCGUCCAAAGGUCAGUACGGUGACCCGCGGUGUGUGUACGUGCCGCCGUCCACUGGCAAAACGUUCUUCACGUUCCGCAUAGCGUACGCCCGGUGCGGUACCAAGCCCGAUCUGAACGGUCAGUUCUACGAGAACACGGUGGUGGUGCAGUACGACAAAGACCUGCUAGAGGUAUGGGACGAGGCGAAGCGGCUUCGGUGCGAGUGGUACAACGACUACGAAAAGACCGCCUCCAAGCCGCCUAUGGUCAUCGCCGACCUGGACGUCAUUCAAUUAGAUUUCAGAGGUGACAACGUCGACUGUUGGAUGGAAAUACAGCACGGCAAGGGACCGUGGGCACCUCCCGUCAGCGGCAUCGUUCCUUUGGGCUCCACCCUGACCCUCGUAGUGGCCAUCAACGAUUUCAGAGGAGAAUUCGACAUGCGCGUCAAGUCAUGUGCGGCUAGCGACGGAGGAGGCCACAUCAUACAGCUGACAGACGACCAGGGAUGCGUGUUGCGACCAAAGAUGAUCAGCGGGUUUCUGAAAGCUCGCACUUCGGACGAACGAGCGUCGGUUAUCACUUACGCGUUUUUCCACGCGUUCAAAUUUCCGGACGCGCUUAGCGUACACAUCCGCUGCAAAGUGGAAAUAUGCAGACACGGAUGCAUGGACCACUGUCAGACGGAUGAGCGUUCGGCAGGACAUUUGUUACAGCAGCAGGAACAGCAACAACUAUAUGGCCAGGUGGACAGGAAAGAUCAGCAGACGGUAUCCAACGAGUACACCGAACAGCUCCAGGCUGCCCCGGUGAACACCGAUCAGCCCAGCGCCCAAGCCCAGACGGGACCGUUCGUCGGCGAUCAGGUACCACAGGCGACGUUCCAAAAGGAACCGCCGAUAAACCGUGAUGGUUUCCCGCACGGACCACGUAACCUGGACGAACCGUCAGCGAACAUUGAACAGGCGACCGAUGCGAUGGUGUCGAACGACACGGAAGCGGGUUCCGACACGCAGAGGCGUCGCCGUCGCCGCCGGCGGUCCGUCAACGUGUCAGAUGUCGGUACGGCCGACGUGGGCGUUAGCGGCCUGUACGACGUCAUCUCGCAGUCGGACCUAGCGUUCACGCCGGACACCAAAACAGACGCCGUGACUAUAUUCCAGGGUCGAAUCCGAGAGGACGUGGUUUACGGCAUAUGCAUGCCUGUCCACGGGUUCGGCGCCCUAUUCGUUAUGUUCGCCGGCUCGGCUAUCGUGUCAGUGAUCGUGGCUGGAUUUCAACUGUACAAAUACCAGGUGAGGCGCGAAAAGCAGAAAAUCAUGGCCGUCCAGCAGCACAUGCAACAAACGCACGUGACUGCCAGCAGCAAUAGUGGCGGAUACUUGCACAGCUCAUUGGCCGGUAUCAUGGCGCUCAACAAGCUAAUAGCGUCCAAAUCCACUACCAACACAGCCACUACUACUACCCAAGCCAGAAGAAACAGUUAGUCGAUAGUGUCCGACUUAUCGUUUUAGAAGUUUUAUCGUUUCUGGUUGUUUUUUGAAAUAUUGCGAAUAAAAAUAGAUAGCCUCAUUCUAGUAUAGAAUUUAGCCGCAUGACUAAAAUUAUUUAUAGAUAUUUACUACUAUCAAUUAAAUUAUUUUAUUAUUGACUGUAUUCAAAAUUGUAAAUUAAUAACUAUCUUAUUUAGUAGUUAAAAAGAUAAAUAAUAUUUAAUCGUUAUUUAUUGUUUUUUUAACAUUCUAAAUUAAUUAAUUAAAUCGUGAUCGAAAGAUUGGUGCUCAAAAUGACAAUAAAUAUAUAUAUAUAUUUUAUUUUAUAUAACACCUGUAUACCGGAUUACCUAUGGUUAAACUUUAGUUUAGGUACCCAGGUAUUAAUAUUUUGUACUUUAAAUGAUUUAUCAUUAAUUUGUGUUAUGCGUUAUUAAUAAAUUUAUUUAUAUAUAUAUAUAUAUAUAUAUGUAUACACUUAUAUAUGUAUACAGAUUACCUGUAGGUUUAAUUUUGUAAAAAGUAGCGUAUAAGAACAUGUUAUAAACAAUUAUUUAUAAUAGAAAAGUAGGGUUUUUUUUAAAAGAUACUAUUUUAUUUUUGUACAUAUUUUUUAUAAAUAUUUUAGUGUUUAAUAUGUAUAAAUUAAUCACUAAAAUACUUAUCGAUGACAAUCAAACUAGAUCAUUUUAUUAAUUAAUAUUACGUUAUAUAAUAUAUAAUUAUUAUAAUAUAUAUCAUAUUUUAUAUGAUAAUUGGCCAGUGAUUCUUAAUGCAUAUUAUACUUUAGAUACCUAAUUAAAAUUUAAGUAUCGGCAAUACGCUCAUCACGCACUUUAACUACCUAGUUCAAACAUUUUAGUCUGUAUUAAAUGUUGAACUAGUAGUUUACGUAUUAUAUUAGACGACGUUUUGUGUAGGCAUAACUAUUGUAAAGGCAUCACGUGGCCUGUGGCUAUCUUUUUUUUUUACCUAAUAGUAUAAUCGUUAUAUAAAUAUUAAUAUACAUAUACAUAUAAAACAAAUAUUUAUUACUUAUAAAUUACUGGCAUGUACAACACAAUUUGUUGAAGUUUUUACUUAAUAACUUUGUAAAUAUGAUAUUAAAUUGUAAAACCGUUAGCAUAGUGUAAUAUCGUGCAUAGUAAAUGAUAUUUAAUUGUUUUGCUUACGAGAGGUUGACGAAAUUAAAAUGUAACCGUCAAUAUAUUUAAGUAAAAUAUUUGUAUUAUUCUAUUUGUUACAUGUUAACUUACUGUAUAAGUACCGAACUAUUAAAAUUUGGUAUUCUGAAAUUAAAUCAUUAAACUCAAUAACUUUAUUGCUUUAACUAUUUUUCACGCUACAUUUUUUGUACUAAUUAUUUAUAGAUUAUAAAAAUUAUUUUGGAUUUUCAAUUCUGAACCUCUCAUAGAUAGGCUAACAUUUUAUAGCAUAUUAUUAUAGUUAUUUAAUA